CAUUCAUUCCUACACGGCUGCGCUUCAUCAUCUGUCUGCAAACAGCUUCCAUCAUAUGGCUGACUGGCGCACUCUGGUCACUUGAACGCGAUUCUUAUACCCUCAUUUAUACUUCGUCCCAGCCUCGGCGCCUUCGACCAUUCCUCAGCCUGAGGCUGCGAAUAUACCGCAGCUUCACAAUGGCGUCCCAGCUAUCGCAGCCUCACGGCCCUCAAGCGCUGAACGACCUCCUAUCCCAUAUCGAUCGGUGCACAAUACAAGGGCGCGGUGGUGGACAGUACGUUCGGGUGGAUAUGCUGAAGCAGUGGUGGGAGGGAGGACCUGCCGCCAGAGCCGGGCCUGGGAACCGUCACAUUGAUCACAUUCUCGAAUAUGUGUACAGUCAAACCCCGGGGCCGAGCCUCCCGAUCGGUCCAGACGAAAUCUCGAGGGAGAGAUAUGGCUGCGUUAUCGUCUUCAGCAUUUUGCUCCACAUUGGGGGAGUCGAUGCCGGUAGAUCCAUCCACCAAUACCAAAACCACCGCAUCUUCGACGACCGCCUCCCCGUCAAGCUUUACGAACUGGAAGAAUGCAAGCUUCCAUAUGCCGACCAGUUCAACCGGGCACAGUGGGCAUUCUCUCCGCCAUGCUUUGACCUAUACACUCAUCAUAUCUACCCGGCUGGGACCAUUCUACCCAUUUGCAUGGACGAGCCAAUCAACCCUGGAAAAGGUGGAACUGCCACCUUGUGGCAGAUUGGAGUACAAGAAGAAUUCGUCACGCCAAAGCUCAGAAAGAAGGUCGAGACCUGCAAGUUUGAACAUCCUAAAUUCGGUUCGUGCUACCAGUUUGCCCUGAAAAAGUACGGCGAGGGCCACGCGCAACUGUUCAAGAACGAAAAGGAAGCCUUCGGUGCGUUACGGGGCAAGGAAGGCAUGAUUCAAUACCUCUGCGACUAUGAACAAAAGGAGAACACGACCUCGCCCGACGGUGUCGUCAGAUCAGUCGUAACGCACAACAUUAUACUGGAAUACGCGGAGCUCGAUUUGGACUGUUACUUCCAAGAAAAGCGGCCGCCCAUUCUCGAGGGCGAAGUCGCCCACUUUUGGGAAGACAUGUUUGAUGUUGCAGGGGCCGUCGAGAAAAUCCAUGAUCUCACCGUGACCCGCGGUGCCGUUGAGCAUAAGUAUUAUGGGUGGCAUGCUGACAUCAAGCCGGACAACAUCCUGAUUGUCCAGGAAAAAUUCAAACUAGCCGAUCCCGGCUUCGCCCGGUUUGAGAAACAAACUGAUAAAGAUCGGGUCACCAUUGCUGGAGGCACAGAGACCUACAGCGCACCCGAAUGCUACAGAGCUGCUCAAAGAUCCAGCCUUGGGCUCUCCCAAGUAAUCUCCCAAGUAAAGCGGACUAUUGAUAUUUGGUCUUUAGGUUGCGUCUUCUCGAUCGCCGCGACUUGGGUCGUCCUAGGAUAUGACGGGAUCCGCCAAUUCAGAGCGUUUCGAGAUACCGCGGUGCGGGAGGCCAUGAAAAAGCAAAAUCUUGACCCAAACGCAAGGGCAGAAGGGGUCAAGCUCACGAGAGGAGACUAUUUUCAUGAUAGCAAUGAUGUCCUCCAAGCCAUUGGCGACUGGCACCUGUUCUUGAGAAGAUUCCUCAGAAAUGGAGAUACGCUCACCAGUCGAGUGCUUGACGUGGUGGACAAGCAAAUGCUCAAGGGUGACCCGGAUGAUCGAAUCCAAGCCAAGAACCUUUGUGGCAUUUUGGACAAGCUCCUCAAGGAAUACCGGGCCCAACAGCGACAACCCUUGCUUGGGAGCAUCAUGCAAGCUUUGCUUCGCGUCGAUGAAGACGCUCCACUACGACCAGAACCAUCUAAAGUCCUGUUGGAGGGAAACCUAAAUGCCCCUAGGAAAAGACGUCCUAGCCAGCUAGAACCACCCAAGAAGACAACCCAUCGUACAGAAUUCUUGAGGUCGGCACUUCACGAGCAAGGGGUUGUCCUGGAACAGGAUGCAGUCACCAAACGGAUCUCUCAGGGCGGCGAAUCAUCGCAUAACGACCGAGGCUUGCAUAUCCCGGACGGUCAGGGCCAAGGCUGGUCAGGGUAUGGACGUGCGGACGACCUUAGUCAAUUCACUUGGGCAUCUGGUCAGCCGACGUUCCAUCUCAACUAUACCAAGACCGGAUUGCCCUCAGGCCCGCCGAGGGCUACACGAAAGUCGCAAAAUGUUUUCCAGGCCCGGUACGACAUUCAGAAUCAAAAGUCUCGGUGGGGAUUCGGGUCAAAGAAGGACAACUUCCUAACAAAGUACUUCUCGAAUCGAGAUAUUGUGUUUCUCGUCGACAACGCGGGGUCGAUGAAUGACGAGUGGGGCGAGACGAUCAAUCUCCUGGAGAUCCUCGUAAUGAAACUGAAAGGACAGGACGAGAACGGCAUGGAUUUAUACUUUGCCAACGGCAAACAAAAUCUGCAAAAUUGCAAAGACCCGGAGACGUUCAAGAAAAAGAUGAGACAGGAAGGGGUGCUGCCGGUGCAGGGGGUGAACACCGAGCUCCAUCUCUCGCUGGGGAAAAUACUGCGCCGGUACCUAAAAUACCUACAAGAUGAAAUGAAAAGGAAGGUCGCCUUGGAGGACGUCCGAACGAUGACCGUCAUCGUCCUGACGGACGGGAAAUGGGACGGGGAAGCGGUCUUUGAACAGAUCGUGGACUUUUGCAGGGACAUGCAGAAAUGCAUGAAGGGAACUCUCUUGUCCAUGGAAAACAGGCUGGAGAAACGGCGGGUGAGUAUCGAAUUCGUCCAACUCGGAAACGAUGCAGAUGCGACGGCAAGGCUGAGACGGCUGGACAAUGAUCUCCCCUAUAAGGGUGCCGACGAUAUUGUUGACACCGAACCUUCGCGGGGGGACGUCAACAAAAUGAUCCUCGGAAGCUUUGUGGAAGAGUUCGAUAGUCGUGACGACGAUUUGUCUAUGGUCGAGAACUUCCCGGGCCCUGGUCGUCCAGUAUCAAGGAUGACGAUGGAUACAACGCGGGCUACGAACCCUCCUGAGAUGGCACCGUCUUUCAUGUCCAAUUGGAAUUACCAGCACGCUCCUCAACUUCGAAUCGACCGAACAGACACUCACCAGACUCAGCGGACAGCGCCGGGAUUACCCAAUUUCUCACAUUUCAGGCGAUGAGUUUCUUGUCCUUACAGGAGCUUUUGCCAGGGUUUAUUAUGUCUUUUGGCAACGGAUGUCUUUCUUCUUUGGAUACGUGCAUGAGAUUAAUUGAUACCCCAAGGCAUGGGAAGUUGGAGGCGCAGAGUUUGUUUGGGACCGCGGAAAUCUGUCGUGACGGGUGAAAACACCGACUGAAUUCAAAUGGUGCAAAUGGUACGCACGAAUGGUAACCAAAAGCUGGGAUGGGCAUUAUGGUUCAAAGGUUCAGGUGCGGCUUUGACUUAGGUUUUGAUACAUGUUACGAUAUGACGAACGGUAAUGAGGCGAAUGAGGAGGAGUAAGAUGGAUGCAUUGGAUGUAGGACUUCGACUCCAGAGGAACGAUGAUAAUCACUACAAGACCGCUAUAAUCCUCUUUGACAGAAUCUCUCUUUACUUGAUAUCCUGGACAACCUUCCUCCUCGCCCACCGACUGAUAACCCAUCU